AUGUCCUUGCCAGGAAGCCGAAGACCCUCGACGGGAUCUCGCAGCCGUGAGUUUUACGGAAGGAGUGGCUCAGCCUCCCUCUUUAAGUCUGCAACGGCCCCAGCCACUCCGACUGAGAAACAGCCUCUUCUUCCUGCCUCCAGGCGCCCCUCCCCGCCCGUCAGUAUGCGCGACACCUACGGCACAUCUUCGCUCAGCAGCAGCAGCAACUCCGGCUCCUGUAAGGGCAGCGACAGCAGUCCCACACCAAGGCGCCCCAUGAAGUACCUCCUGUGUAGCGACAACCAUGGGAUCAAGCCCCCAACCCCGGAGCAAUACCUCACCCCCCUGCAGCAGAAGGAGGUCUGCAUCCGGCACCUGCGGGCCAGGCUGAGGGACACCCACGAGAGGCUGCAGGACAGGGAUGGUGAGAUUGAAGACCUGAAGACCCAGCUCUCCCGGAUGCAGGAAGACUGGAUUGAGGAGGAGUGUCACCGUGUGGAGGCCCAGCUGGCCCUCAAAGAAGCCCGGAAAGAGAUUAAGCAGCUCAAGCAGGUCAUCGACACCGUCAAGAACAACCUGAUCGAGAAAGACAAAGGCCUCCAAAAGUACUUUGUGGACAUCAACAUUCAGAACAAGAAGCUGGAGACGCUGCUGCACUGCAUGGAGGUGGCGCAGGACGGGACGGUCAAAGAGGAAGGGCACGCUGAGUCAGCUGGGGGGUCCCCCGCCCGCUCCCUCACCCGCAGUUCCACGUACACCAAGUUGAGUGACCAGGGAGCGACGGACAGGAACAUCGGUGGCUCUCAAACCAUCUCGGUGGACGACGGAGCUGAUAGCGGCUUCGUGGCUGCCGAGAACUCCUUGAGCCGGACAGAUUUGCUGGACCACAGCAGCCUCCUGUCCUCAGGGGUGGAGUGUGGCCCCGACGACGCCUCGUCCCUGCACACCUCCUACACCUUGGGGUCCCAGAUGCCCACCAGCUCCACGUACGAGAAGCUGCAGAGCGUGGAAGCCGCCGUACAAGCCAGCUGCAUGCAGGAACAAGCCAUCCAGACGGACUUUGGACAUUACCAGCCAGAUCUGGACACCAUCUUGGAGAAAGUCAUGAAGUCUCAAGCGGGCAGCCUCGCCAGCCCCACCUCGGAGUGGCCCUCGGAGAUAGAGGAAGUGACCGAGCCCACCAGCUUCGAGAGUGGUGUCGCCAACUGCUCGAACCCCACGGACAGGACGGCCCCCGAACCCUUCUCGGUUGUCGUGGUCAGUGCGGGAGAAAAGCCCGAUGGCCAGCCGGCCUCGCAAAACCCAGCCGUGCAUCAGCCGUGCAGCGCCAGCCCUUCCGUGAGCAUCGUCUGCACCCCUGAAGACGAGGCAACCGAUCAAGGAGAGGACACCGCAGGGGCAGCAGCCCCAGUGGAGCCCAAAACUUACUGGAGCCGCCACUUCCUUGUAGAUCUCUUGGCGGUGGUCGUGCCAGCUGUGCCUACAGUCGCCUGGCUGUGCCGUUCGCAGCAGAGGCAGGGUCAGCCCGUUUACAACAUCAGCUCUCUGCUGCGGGGCUGCUGCACCGUCGCCCUCCACUCGAUCCGGAAGAUCAGCUGCCGGUCGGUCACCAAUGUGAACAGCUCCUGCUCUCAGCCAUAA